AAAAAAAAAAAAAGUAAAGAUAUGCACACAGGAUGAUAAACACAGCUGGAACCUGUGGAGAAACAGAUAAAGAGGCCUACAGUGGGUUUUUAGCAAAUUUUAUAAAACAAGAAACAACAGCGCAUACACAAAGAAAAACUUCAAGGGAAAGUCACCUUUAAUAUCGAAGCAUUCAGUGAAUACAAUCACCAAAGACCCCUCUUAAUAAACCUCCAGAACCAUAAACUUCCAAUAAGAGGUGAAUGCAUGCACACUAGUUCUAGAAAAAUGAUAUUUAUACAUUAAAUAAGAAGCAUGUUUUAAUGAAUGUGUAUAGUUAUAAUGAAAGCCCUGCUGUAAAGUCUCAUUCCAGACACAGAAUGAAUCCACUGUGUCCUGCACAAGUAAAGAAUGCCUGAUUUCUAAUACUUCAGAUUGUGUUAGAAAGUUUAAUCCAGCCAGUUUCAAUAUCAUCUGACAAGUCCAGCAUUUAGCAACUUUUAAUUUUUCUGCACAUUUUUCUUGUAAAAAUAAAGUGCUGCUGUCAGACCCGUGCAAUCCCUGCUGCAGGAAUUAGUUCCACAGCAGUCCAGAGAGCGUGACCUGAAAGCCACGGGCGCUGGAGCAGUGGGGACUCCACUUUGGGGGAGAAAACUGCUCCAGCCUCCAGCUCCAAAGCCGGAGCUGACCUGCGCUGCUCUGGGGUGAACACGGCCCAUGGCCGGCACAGCAUCACAUCAUCCCUGUUCCGGGGAUGCUGUUUAUGGUAACAGACUCAUUCCAGGACCAACACUCCGAACCUGGAGCGGAGCGGUUCUCGGCUCGGUCACCGAGGGAAUCAGAGGUAGGGAGGCCUCAACCAGCGGCCCGGGGCCGGCGCGGGUGUCCCCUCGGUCACCUCGGUGCUCAGCACCACGGGCCGGGGGUGACCGUGGCGCUGCCCCUCCCGACGGGGCCGCGGAUGCUCCGCCGGGCCUGGCUCUCCCCUCCUCGUGCCCCGGGCAGUGCGGGCGCCCCGGGCGCUCCGUGAGGGCAGAGCCGGCGCACCGUCCCACCACACCCCGCGGAUUCCCCGUCCCGGGCCGCUGCAGCGGGAUGGCGCCGGGGCUGCUGGACCUGGUGCACUUGACAACCUGGGCCGUGUGUGCCGUGAUCAAGCUGCCGCAGCUGGUGGCGGUGCUGAGGGCCGGCUCGGCGUGGGGACUCAGCGUGAGCAGCCUCCUCCUGGAGUUGGCCGGCCUCCUUGUGUUUCUGAGGUACCAGAUCUAUUAUGGUUACCCCCUGGAGACAUACCUGGAGUUUCCAGUCGUCAUUGCACAAGAUGCCAUUCUCCUGGGCUGUAUUAUGCAUUUCAGUGGAAAAGUGAGACGAGCUUUUUUCUACGCAGUGGUAUUUUGGGUGGGCUGGUACAUGCUAACACUGCAGAAGUGUAUAAUAGACCUGGCCAUGAAUCUGUGCACGCUCAUCAGUGCAGCCAGUAAGCUGGUUCAACUGCAGCAUCUCUGGGAGACAAAAGAUUCCGGACAAGCGAGCGCCCUGACCUGGGGCAUGUCUGUGUACGCCUCUGCAACAAGAAUCAUUACAACUCUAAUGACUACAAAUGAUCGCGCAGUUCUCAUCCGUUUCAUAGUCAUGCUCAUUCUCAAUAUUUGGGUCACAGCCACAAUCCUGCACUACAGGAAGACUAAAAAGACUGAUUAGACAACACUCAUCAGCACACAUAUCAUUACCAUAAAAAAUAUAAUUAAGCCUAAAGAAUUUAAGAAUUCUUCAAAGAUUGAGGAAGCUCUCUUUCUCUAAUAUUUACCCUUUAGCGUACUUAUAGUAUUUACAGUACUUACAGACUUAUAGUACAUUCAUGCUUACUUUCUCUUAGAAAUAAUUCUGAUAAGAUACUUAAUUUAAGCAGCAUAUUUUUAUUGGUCAUUUCAGACAAGUCUCACUGAUAUCACAUUUUCUCUGGAUUUUUUUUACUACAAGGUAUUUCAUAGUUAGAUGUAUAUAUAUUCUGGUAUCACUUCAGUACUUUCUGGUUACAUAUAAGCAAUUUUCUUCAAUUAUACAUGAUCAAUUUUGCACCAACAUACUGACUUGUCCUGCUGCAAGACUAAAAAAUCACAACAGAAGUUUGUCUUCUUCUUGCAAGCAACUGAAUUAGUUCAACAUUAACUGUCUGUAUUUUAGGAUGAAGAAAAUCUCAGUCAAGGCCCAAUCCAGAAUAAGGUUCUAAUUACUAAAUCACAAAUCCAGUUGGGAUUGUAGCACUUACAUGCAACACUUAAAUAGUACAAUUUAUACAGCUGAUACAGGAUACCCAUAGUCACUUUCCUCAGUAUACCCAUUUUUUUAUUGGAUAAGAGAGCAAAAACUCAACUACGAAUUAUUUUUCGUAACCUGAGCUCUCAUUCACUGAACAUACUUCACUGAACAGCAGGGACUACAAUGUAUGGGAAUUAAUGAAACUGUGGCCAACAGUUAAAAAUGCUGUUCAAGCAGAAGUUCCUGGAAUGAUACCCAGAAUUUCCAAACACCAUCCAUACUGACAGUGACAUGUGCACCUUGAUGCAUCUCAGCAGACUGAUCUCCUGUGGUUGUCAGGUUUUGGUGAUAGUGCUCUGUGGUUCAUGAAUUUUUGGCCUGUCAGUGCUAAGUGUGUUGAAGAACAUAGACUUCACUUAAACUUUUACUUCAGAAAUUCUAAUCAAUUUGUAGUACUUAGAGUAAAAAGGGGGAAAGGUUAUUCUUGACAACUAUUAACAGAGGAUUUUGGUUUUGGAAGUACUGCCUUCACAACCAAAAGUUACAUUAGUAAUCAUAUAGCUUGCCUUCAUUUAUCAUUACAUUCCCCAAAAUUAAAAUUUACAACAUUCCAAGAGUUCUUACGGUAUUCUGUGAUUGGCAUGUAAAAACCUAGGCACCCUUGAUCCCAACACCCUUGAAAACUAUGGGAAGACUGCAUUGACUUCAUUUGAGGCAGGUUUUCAUCGCAACAUUCUAAAUUGUGUGACUGCUCUGGAGCAAAGGGAUCUGGAAAGCAGAUGUUCCUGCCAGUGAGCACGCAGCAAUUGGAGCAUUCACCAUCAGAAAACAGCUGCUUCAUACUCUAAAUUUUACAGGGAAGGGCUGGGAAAAGAUGGGUCUGUGGGAAUUGAUUUCAUGUAUCCCACGUUACUGAGAGCAAGUCAAAGAUGAGAUUUUUUUUACUGCUCCAAUAAAAAGUCUAAAUCUUUCUGUGUUGGUUGAAAGAUUAAUUGUAAACAUUCUGAUUUUAUUAAAGCUGUGUAAAGUAUCUGAAGUGGUCUAAACAGUGGUAGGUGGCAUGUGAUACAUUUUCCAGGUGAUACGAAUAAAUGUUAUUCUUCAA